CAGUUCAAGUAUGUGUGUGUGUGUGUGUGUGUGUAUGGCAACGUCAAAAGUGCCAAGCAAUGCAUUAGACAGGCCAGCGGCAGCCAACGUCGUCAUCGCGGCUGUGUGCCACUCAUUCAGAGCAGCUCGGGGCAAGCGGCCAGUGGCAGUUAAUACCUGGGCGAUAGAGCGACGCAUAGUCUUCACGCUGAUUGGAAUCUAUAAGUUUUAGCCAAGACAUCGCACGCGAAUUGGCGAAAGUGAAAGGCCCAAGUGGAUAAAUCUAAAAAAAAAAAAAAAAACACAAAAAAAAGUAGAAAUAGAAACCUCCGGCUAGGCAUAAAUCCAAAAAGUGGGCGGCCACUAUAUGGGCGCUAAUUGAAAUUCUAUUUCUGAUUUGCCAGCAAAGCGGGUCAAUGCGCCGCCAGCUGGAUCCAUCGAAGGAGACGCCUCGUUAGCAGGAGCAGCAGGAGCAGCUGUAAUCCAAUCAAGUUGCCAGCGGCAUGGGCGAUUCAGAUAGCGAGGACAGCGAUGGCGAGGGCGGACUGGGCAACGUUUCCCGCGUGAUCAUCCGUCCGCCCGGACAGAGCGGCAAGGCGAAGCGCGGCCAUUUGUGCUUCGAUGCGGCCUUCGAGACCGGGAACCUGGGCAAGGCGGAGCUGGUGGGCGAGUUCGAGUACGAUUUGUUUCUGCGCCCGGACACGUGCAAUCCGCGCUUUCGCUUCUGGUUCAAUUUCACCGUGGACAAUGUGAAGCAGGAUCAGCGCGUGCUCUUCAACAUUGUGAACAUCAGCAAGAGCCGCAAUCUGUUCAACUCCGGCCUGACGCCGCUGGUCAAGUCCUCCAGCCGGCCCAAGUGGCAGCGUCUGCCCAAGCGCCAGGUCUUCUUCUAUCGCUCGGCCAUGCACCAGGGCCACUAUGUGCUCAGCUUUGGCUUCAACUUCGACAAGGAGGAGGACGUGUACAUGUUCGCCCUGGCCAUGCCGUACAGCUACUCCCGCCUGCAGUCCUAUUUAAAUGUGAUCGAUGCACGCCAGGGCGCCGAGAAGCGGUUCACGCGCUGCGUUCUCGUCAAGUCUUUGCAAAAUCGCAAUGUGGAUCUGCUCACAAUUGACCAGGUGACGCACAGCCAGCGGUCGACGAACCGGCUCGAGCGUAGCUUCAUACGGGUCAUUGUCGUACUGUGCAGGACGCACUCGAGCGAAGCGCCCGCGUCGCAUGUGUGCCAGGGCUUCAUCGAGUUCCUGGUGGGCAAUCAUCCCAUUGCGCAGGUGCUGCGCGAGAAUUUCGUAUUCAAAAUUGUGCCAAUGGUCAAUCCGGACGGGGUCUUUCUGGGCAACAAUCGCUGCAAUCUGAUGGGCCAGGACAUGAAUCGCAAUUGGCAUGUGGCCUCCGAGUUUACCCAGCCGGAGCUGCAUGCCAUCCGGAAUGUGCUAAAAGAGUUGGAUAAUUCAGAUACCUAUCAGAUUGACUUUGUGAUCGAUCUGCACGCGAACAAUAGCAUGCACGGCUGCUUUAUCUACGGCAACACGUACGAGGAUGUCUAUCGCUACGAGCGGCAUCUCGUCUUUCCGCGCCUCUUUGCCAACAACGCCAAGGACUACAUUGCCGAGCACACAAUGUUCAAUGCCGACGAGCGGAAGAUGGGCAGCGUCCGACGCUACUGCUGCGAGCGGCUCAGCGACACGGUGAACGCCUACACGCUGGAGGUGUCCAUGGCAGGCCACUAUCUGCGCGAUGGCAAGACGAUCGCGCUGUACAACGAGGACGGGUAUCAUCGAGUUGGGCGCAAUCUGGCGCGGACUCUGCUUCAAUACUAUCGCUUCAUCAAUGUCCUGGCCGUGCCGCUGGUAUCCGAGAUGCGGCAGCAGGGCAAGCGACGCGGCAGACCGCGCACGCAUCACUCGCGCUCGCGCUCCAGGACACGCUACGAGGUGAAGCCGCGGCCAAAGACGACACGAUGUCAUGCGCCCAUAGCGUACACCAAUCUGAGCAUUUGCUACGACUCAACUGGCGGCGGUGGCGGCGGAGUGGGCGGGAUCUCCUCAGACGAAGGCGGCUUUUCACCGACGCGUCCCAUGCCCAUUGCACCCGGCAGCAGCUGCUUCAGCGGCUAUCGCAACUAUCGACGCGCCGUUACCGCCAGCUGCGGACACCAUGAUCAGUAUUCCCUGGGCACUAGCGAGCCUGCCGCUGGCAGUCGCCAUAAACGACGCGCCGCCGCCGCCGCCGCUGCCGCACUGCCCAUUGAUGUGCCUGUGCCGCCCAAGCCGUACCUGUCCAUAAUCGAUCUGAAUCAGCUGACCCGUGGCAGUCUAAAGCUGAAGGCGAGCAGCUUCGAUGCCGACGAUCGGCGCUAGGUUCAGCUUUAAUUGUGACUCGAAUUGAUUUUAUAUGCUUAACGCUUUUUGCAGUCGUUUCCCUAAAUAAACAGUUAUAUCUAA